CCAAUAUCCAUGGUGUACAGCAUAAAUCGAUGGAUUCGUCGAAUUAUACAUCUACAUAUUAUAUUAUACACUCAAAAACCAUAGAAUCCAGCUUGGCGCCCACCCGGAUGAACGGGAUAACAGGCUGAACAAGCUGCUGUAUUGGGAUUGCAACCUCCAACUGAUCCCCAGCCUUCCAUAUAUACAAUUGAAACGGACCGAAGGAAGGAGCCUAGGGUCUCAGCCGAUUGACGACGACACUACAAAACCUCCACUUGUUCUCCACUCCAUCAUUAUCUUCUCCAUCGAUUCAACUGCCUUACCCCACUAUUAGUUACGAUAUCGGCGACAGAAACAGCGAAAAGAGGCUGAGAGCUCACAUACAAAAUAACUUCCUGUCCAAGACCUCAACUGUCGUCUCUGCCUUCCCCCUUGGGUUUCAUACCUGCCUAAGCCCUCUCUCACACCCUCUCGACCGCGCAUUUCCCCGCGGGUAACCUAGCGCGGGACCCGAACUCCCGAGGCAAUCCCACUUUGCGCUCGGCCAACCACCGACGGCGCGUAAGUGUUACUCCGAACACUGCAUUAACGUCUCUGGAAAUUCUUCCCCUCUCCUACCGCCAUCAUGAGCCCCUCACGAACAGUUCUCUCGCGGUCCCUCUCCUCACUCGCUACUCGACCCGUUUCCCAAGCCUCCAGGGCGUCUAUCCUCGCAUACAACAAGAAAUCCGCAUUCGCGCGCUUCACUCAACUACAAUACUCAACCAUGACGGUGGGAUUCCAGAAGAUCAAGGUCAAGAACCCGGUGGUGGAGUUGGAUGGUGAUGAGAUGACCCGGAUCAUCUGGCAGGAUAUCAAGGACAAGUUCAUCCACCCAUACCUCGAUAUCGACCUCAAGUACUACGAUCUGGGACUCGAGUACCGUGACGAGACCAACGACCAGGUUACCAUCGAUGCCGCCGAGGCUAUCAAGAAGUACUCUGUCGGUGUCAAGUGUGCCACCAUCACCCCAGAUGAGGCUCGUGUGGAGGAGUUCAAGCUUAAGCAGAUGUGGCUGUCGCCCAACGGCACCAUCCGCAAUGCUCUUGGAGGAACCGUUUUCCGUGAGCCCAUCGUCAUCCCAAGAAUCCCACGUUUAGUUCCGGGAUGGAAGAAGCCCAUCAUCAUCGGCCGCCAUGCCUUCGGUGACCAAUACCGUGCUAAGGAUACCGUGAUCAAGGGCAAGGGUAAGCUCUCCAUGGUCUUCACUCCCGAGGGAGGAAAGCCAGAGGAGAUUGAGGUCUACAACUUCAACGGUGGUGGUGUCGCCCAGACCCAGUACAACACCGAUGAGUCUAUCGCCGGAUUUGCACACGCUUCUUUCAAGCUUGCCCUCUCCAAGAGCCUUCCCCUGUACAUGUCCACCAAGAACACCAUCCUAAAGAAGUAUGAUGGCCGUUUCAAGGACAUCUUCCAGGAGAUCUAUGAUACCACCUAUGCCAAGGAGUUCGAGGCCAAGAAGAUCUGGUACGAGCACAGACUCAUCGACGACAUGGUCGCCCAGAUGAUGAAGUCCAGCGGAGGAUACAUCAUGGCCCUCAAGAACUACGACGGAGAUGUUCAGUCCGACAUCGUGGCCCAGGGCUUCGGCUCUCUCGGCCUAAUGACCUCCGUCCUCAUCACCCCCGACGGAAAGAGCUUCGAGUCCGAGGCCGCCCACGGCACCGUCACCCGCCAUUACCGCGAGCACCAGAAGGGUAACGAGACCUCCACUAACCCCAUCGCCUCCAUCUUCGCAUGGACCCGUGGUCUCAUCCAGCGUGGAACCCUCGACAACACCCCCGAGGUUGUCAGCUUCGCUGAGGCCCUCGAGAAGGCCUGUAUCGACACCGUCGAUGUUGAUGGCAUCAUGACCAAGGAUUUGGCGCUUGCGUGCGGACAGACCAGCCGUGAGAGCUACGUCACCACCAAGCAGUACAUGGAGGCUGUUGAGAGGAGGAUGCAGAAGGCGCUUAAGGCCUCCCUGUAAAUGUGUUGUGUGUACAUGUCGAAGCCGGCCUAGGCGGCGAUGUCCUUGAGUUCUUGUCAGGUCUUUCUGUUGGGUUUCUUAAAGUGCAUGGCAGCUCAGCUGGAGGCGCUGGUGUCCUGUCACCUCGCUUUGUCCGGGAGUUGGACUUAUAAAACACACAUUUCCAAUGGUGAUGCCUAGUCGUGUUGACUGGGAUUUUUCACAUCAUCGUUGUUGGAAAUGUAUAUGUCCAGCUCCCCAUUGACAAUGCACUCAAUGGCUCAUACGGAAAGGCCUAACAAAGCACUCUUGAGCAACGUCGCUGCGGUCGUUCAAUUUCGCACAUAGAGCGGUGGAGGAGGAGAAUAGUGAUAUAAGGACGGGAUAGAGUCUCAGAUAGGCCGCCAAGAAAUUCGAAGGCGAAGCCGGUCGUAGGGUAGAGGGUGCAUUUUAAAACGCAUGAAGAUAUCCAUUGUAUAUAGACUCUGGAAGCUGCCGGUAGAUCAACCCCAUUGCCGAACGCCGUGGUCCAACGAACCAAUGCCUGCACUGCGUGAGGGUGAUGUAGGUGACGCACCGUCGGGUGGCUAGAGAUCCCGAGGCAUUUUCUUGCGGUCUCAUGGAGAAACGCGGGGCAGCGGGUGAGUUGGUGACUGCCCACUUAAUGGCGGGGCGGGGCGGAAAGGGGG